ACUUCACUGACAUUUGUCAAAAAAAAAAACCACCGGUGAUCUGCUUUGCGUUUUUCCUAUAAUUAUAUGAAAAUUACGAAGGUAGUCUUUAUUAUUCGCAAGUUAUAAUAUUACAAAUUAUCAAUAAUGAGCAGAGAAGUGGACGUGAAGGCAUUAAUAUCACACAUUGUGCGUGGAGAUGGUGCGGAUAAAUGCAGAAUAUGCAUGGGAGAUACCUCUGAAGGCCAAGUCUACCUGGGAGAUACAGUUAUGAUGGAUGGAGAGAGGCCUGUCACCCUCGCUGAGUUGCUGGAAGUCAUCACAGGAGUGGAGGUGCCAGAAGUCGCAGAGCUACCGAACGGACUCUGCUCCACAUGCUCAGGUUCAGCAGUUGACGCAGCAAAUUUCUCCAUUCUAUGCCGACAAGCGAAUACCUGUUGGAACACAACGUUGAAACUCUUGAAUGACAUACCCUCUGCUAGUCUAUUGCCUGAUCUCAGUAAAGCAAUAUAUGCUAUACUGAAUGACAAUCAAAUUAAUUUAAUUUAUAAUUAUAAUGAUUCAAUAGUAGAAAAAGAUUCCCAAGGAAAGACAGGGAAACACAGAAGUAGAAAAAAUUGCAAAGCAAUGCUUUGUCAGUGCCCUAACUGUGAUAAAAAGUUCCGACAUCCUCAUGAGCUUUCACACCAUUUGAAAGAGUCCGGUGAUUACCAAAGAGCUUGUCAUAUCUGUGCAGGAAUAAUGUCUAGAGACAAACUAAUAGAUCACUUGAGAUUGACACAUGAGAUUACACCUUACGAUUGUAAAAAGUGCCCAGCUUUGUUCCACUCUCAGAUGAAAUAUAUUAGGCAUUUGAAGGAAGCUCACACAAGUGGAGCCUGCACAUGUGGUGAUUGUGGACGAACUUUUCAAUCUCAGUUCGGUUACCAUGCUCAUCAAUCUGUCCACUUGCUGAAGACUUGUCCUGCUUGCGAUAAACUGUUCCGCAACCAAAUGUGCUACAUACAUCACUCAAAGGUGUGCUGUAAACUAGAUAAAAUAAAAAGUGGAAGAAAUGGAACUAAACAUAAAGUCACAGUUAAAAACAAAUCCAGCUCGAAGAAAGUUAAGGUUGGUUUACGUGGAAGCGCUAAUAACGAAUGCAUCUGUGAUUACUGUGGAAAGAAAUUGUCCAGUAAAAAGUUCAUAAAAGCCCACAUACAACAUGUGCACAUGAAAAACACACAUAUGCCGUGUCCUUACUGUGGGAAGUCAUUGGCUGCUGCUCACAUGACUGAACAUAUUAAAACCCAUGAACUUGUGAGGUUAUAUAAAUGCGAGCAUUGUAACUUAGUACUUAAGAGUCGAUUAGGUUUCAUUCAACAUUUACGGUUGCAUACUGGUGAGAGGCCAUUUGCCUGCAAACAUUGUGGGGAGACAUUUUCAGCGUCUUCGAGAAGGUCGGAGCAUAUUCGCAAAGUCCACAAUGGAGGAAUUGAAUUAAAACAUGAAUGCAAGUUGUGUUCAUCCAAAUUUUCACUCCCGUUUCGGUUAAGGAGGCACAUGGCUGCAGUCCACAGUGAAGAAAGUGAGCAAUCUGUAUUUGAAUGCAAUGAAUGCCAUGAGAAGUUCAGCAGUUGUCGGGGCCUAAUCCAUCAUAGUAGAAAACACCAGAAAGACGCUGUGCCACAACCCAGGAGGAAGUUGAUGGAGACUUCGUCACAACUACCCUCAACGGUGUGCCAAGAGUGCGUAAAUACAGCCACGGUGACUGCACCUUUCAUUCAACUCUGCAAGAACGCUAACCAAAAAUGGACAGAAAUCUCGGACUGCCUGUUGAAGCUAGGCAAGACUGUACCGAGGACCGCAAAAAGCGCGUUCAUUUGCAUCAAAAAUGAUGCAAUUAAAGUCAUUGAUUUCAAAGACCGUAUAGUAAAUGUGAAAAAGGCACUUAAAGUAGCAAAAAAGACUCUUCUGAAGAACACAGCCCGCGAAAAAGGAAUCGACCGCUCUGUUUUGAAAUGCCCGGAGUGCGAAAAAGUGUAUCCCAGUAUUUACUUGCUUAACUUACACUUAAAAGAUAUAGAUAAAAAGAUUUGCUUCUACUGCAAACAAAUAGUCGACAUAAGUACAUUCGCAAAACAUGUUGCCGUACACGGCGCAACACUAUUCACCUGCGAUUUAUGUAAAUCUACGUUUAAGAGCAGAGCAAACUUCGAUAAACAUAAAUAUCGGUGCAGGCGAAAGGGGAAACACAAAUGCGUGGAUUGUUUCCAAUCUUUCACUAGCGCAGGAAAUUUGAUAACUCAUUACGCGUCUAAACAUAAUCCGAAAGUUUGUUCCGCGUGCAAUAAAAAGUUCGUUAGCAAAGUCUGCUUUAAAAACCACAAGGAGUACUGCACCGAAUCGAAGGCGAUCGGGGCUCAAUACAUAUGUGACUAUUGCUCGAAAAUUUACAGUUAUAAAAACGCGUUGAGGCUUCAUAUACGUUUCACGCACGUGGUCGGCUGGGAGUACCAGUGUGAGCAAUGCGGUAAGAAGUUCUCGAAUCCUGCGCAUUUGCGUGAACACGGUAACAAACACAACAGGGUGGACGACAGGUAUGUCUGCAGCAUCUGUGGUGCCAAGUAUAGUACGAGGCGAGGCUACGAACGUCAUCACAAGCGACAUUUCGAUGAAAAUGGGGAGAUCACCAAAGUGAUCACACCUUAUCGUUCAAAGAAGCGAGUGCUGAAAAUCGAGAAAUGCGUUUUAUGCAGCUACGUCACCAGCAACAGGAAAAGACUGGAAAAACACCUUAAUGAACAGCAUAAUAUUGUGGCAUUGGAAUUACUUCGCCAAUAAGCGAGGGUUGUGUAAUUGUCUUGUGAGUGCCUUAUGGAUGCCAAAAAAUUUUAUGUUAGCAAGAAUUCGGACACUGUUAGUUAAUGUGUACUUAAUGAAUAUUCAAGCUGGAUGAGUGUCAUUUGUGCAAAAUGAACGGACUGAUUGAUGACGUGGUUUCAGGUGGAGUUUGAUGGGGGCUUGCCACAUGGACUGUGCCAAUCGUGCUCGGAAAGCGCCAUCGCCGCCAUAAACUUCAGACAACUCUGCAAGGAAUCGGUCAGCCAGUGGACGCACGUGACAUCCUUUAUGGAUGACGUUAAGCCACCGUCGGACGAAGAUAAAAUAUAUUACGUAUAUUACAACACUGAGAACGUAACAAAAGGGGCGAUGGUGAAAGUAAUAAAGAAGGAGAACGCUUUAGUGCGUUUCGAUUUGGAAUCCGAUCACGAGUCUGACAAUCACUUCUCCGACACAGAACGAGAGUUACCAUUACCGAGGCCAAUAAAGGUGCCUCGAUCAUCGUUCCCGUGGCAAUGUCCCGAUUGUGACAAGAAGUUUACCAGUUCUCUUCAUUUGAACACCCAUUUGAAGAAUACUAAAAAAAGAGCGUGUGACAUAUGUGCACGAAUUAUACCCAAAUCCAAGUUUCCGAUGCAUUUGUUCAAAACCCACAAGAGGAUCCUAUACUAUUGUGAGAGUUGCUUCCAGAUAUUUGAGGACCAAUGUUCCUUGAGCUUGCACAAGGAAAAAUAUCACGGAAAGGGUUCACGUCAGUGUAAAGUUUGUGGAAAGGGUUUCGCUAAUGAGAGAGCACUCUGCGCGCACAUGUACAGCCACUCGUUGUUCUUCUGCGGUGCUUGCGGCCGAAAUUUCGAGAACAGAAAUUGCUUCAUGUACCACCAACGCCAGUGCGAAUCCACCGCGCCCAAUUCGGUGUCGAACGAAUACAUAUGCGACCACUGCGGCAACUCUUACACAAAAAAACCGUCCCUACGGAUUCACAUAAUACAGAAGCAUUUGAAUAUUCUGCCGUACGUGUGCGAGACUUGCGGCAAACGCACGUCAACGAUAGCGCAUUUACGAUCGCACGAAAAAGUACACACAGUCGAAAGGAAGAUAUUCCAGUGCCACUGCGGCGCUAAAAUGAGGACUGAGUUAGGUUUUCAAUUGCACACGCGGAUUCAUACCGGUGAGAAGCCUUACGAGUGUAGCGAGUGCGGGGACAAAUUUCUAUCGGCUUCUAGAAGAUUGGACCAUAUCAAACGCAGACACAGGCCCGCUAAAGACAUGCCUCACGGCUGCGAGGAGUGUUCAGCUCGAUUCGUCAGACCAUUCGAGUUGAGAAAGCACUAUGUAUCUGUCCAUAUGAGCAAAAAGAACGCGAUGCUCGGCAGUUAAAGGUAUACAUUUCAAGUAGAUAGAUAGUAGAAGAAAGAUAAUUAUGUUUUUUUUUUAAAAUCUAUUGAGUUUUGCACACCAAAAUGAAAAGAAAAAUGAAAAUUUUAUUUUUGUACCAAAAAAGGGGGUUACAAGGAGUGAUUGUCGCUUUCCAUUAAGUGCAAAUUGUUGGAUCUCGUGCAAUCAAAAGCCGUUAGUUGAAAAUUACCAUUCAACAUUUUUUAUUUGUACACUGGCCUUCGUCAAUGAAAGCUAUAAAUUAUGUAAAAAAGUCAUCUACCAAGUUAAAAGCUACAUAUUGUUAUUGUCAAUUUAGGCGUUGAGCAGACGACGGGGCGGGGCGGGCAUUUUGUCCGCGAAGCAAUAAAGACCGCGUCUGCCCGUCGAUGUCUGCGGCUGCCCGCGCCGCGUACACAAAACACACGACGGGCAGAGGCGGUCAUUUCAGGACAUUCGUUCUAGUGAAUAGUCCAUCACUAAUAAGCGCGUGGCGCGGACUGAGCUGACCGCCCCGCGCCGCCGUCUGCGUUACUGCAUAUAAACUGGUUUGUA